AUAUGCGCAGUCCAUGGUCUCAACGGGAACGCUUUCGAUACUUGGAUGGCAGAGAAUGGAAGGAUGUGGCUUCGUGACUUUUUACCGAAAGACUCACCCUUUGAUCGAAGUCGAAUUAUGACCUUUGGGUAUACUUCCACGCUAGUCGACAAACGCAAGCUUACCGACCGUUUCGAGGACUAUUCAGACCAACUGAUCAGCCAAAUCAUUCGACUGAGGGGCUCGAGCUCAGAACGGAAACGCCCUCUCAUAUUCAUUUGCCAUUCGAUGGGCGGUCUUGUGGCAAGGCUGGCAAUGACUCGAAUGCAUACUAUGCCGAACAAGUUCAAGGGACUCUCUCUCGAAGAAUGCGGUAUACUUUUCUUGAGCACUCCACACCUCGGGUCU